AUGAAUUCAUUUACUCCAACUAAGCAUAUAAAUUUAAUCUUUGCUUGCUUACUCAUAUAUUAAGCCUUAUUUCUUUUUUUAUAUAAAUGGCUAUUUUAUUGAUUUAUUGCAAGAAUAUACUUAAAAUGAUAUAUAGGCUUUUCCCUAGAAUAGCGCGAUAAGGCGCUGGACUGGAGGAAUUUCAUUAUAUGAAGGACAGUGGUUCUAUCUUUAUUGGAUAGGAACUAGUGGGGCUGAGUUGUGGAACUUUUAAUUUUCCAUUUUUUUUGGCUCAUCAAAUGGUUCUGACGAACUAUUUGACCAGCACGUGAAAUAAAAAAAUGAUUAAUCAACAUAAUUUUUUUAAAAUCUUUGGUCAUUAGGAUUAUCAGAAUUUUUAAUAGACACGCAAAAUUCUAUUUAGAUAAAGACAAAGCCAGCCUAGUGUGCACUAUUUUUGCCCAAAAAUUAAAUGCAUGAUGGUUUGACCCGCUUUAGACAGUAAGAACCUGAUGAGAAGAACUUUCUUCUACUAGCGUAUCAUGGUGGGCGGAGCUUGCGUAUGACUGAAUUUUGGGCUUGAGCUCGGAUUCCCACAUACGUAAUUUUUAGGCUGUUUUUCAAGGCCCUUAACCAAUAGGCAAUAAUGGGAUUAAAAUUCAGAUUAUCCAUAUGAUCAGAAAAUUAAAAAAUUAUUGCGAUUCGUCAGAUUUGCUUGUCAGAAUCAUUUAACGAGCCAAAAAUAUAACUUUUGCAAGUAGCAUUUUUUCAAUUUCUAAGAUUGAAUUGAAGCCAAUACCUCAGUCCCACUAAUUGCCUCUCCAAUAAAGAUAGAAAGUACUGUUCUUCAUAUGAUGAAACUCUUUCGGCCCAGCUUAGAAUAGCACCUUAUUGCGCAAUUCUAGGGAAAACCUAUAUGUUUUAUUGGCUUUUAAUUAAUAAUUAUCCCUAUAUGCUUUAAAAUAGAGCAUCUAUAAAUAUCAAAUGAAAUUCACAUAAAAUCUAUAGCAAGAUUAGAGCAAAGAGCACUAAAAACUUCCAAGGCGUUUCCGUGUCUAAUAAAAUGCCACAUAUCCAAGACUACACCUACAUGAAUGAGGUUUCCUUAAUCAAUACGGACAUUUACAAAGACAUUAAUAAAAAAUCCAAAGAGCUAAUGAUAGAAACAGUCAGCAAGUCAAAAGACCAUAUUAUUAGCAUCAUCAAAGACCUUAAAUUAAUGAUUUCUAAAGAAGCCACUUCAAGCUCAACUCCCCCAAAAAAAUUCACUUUUCUAUAUAAAAAUCUGCAGAUGUCUAUAAUUUCUUUAAAGUCUGCCUUACAAAAUCUAGAUAAAAUUCUCAAAGAAAUUCUUAUAACAAACCAAGUCUGCAUCUCAAAAAUGCUGGACUCGAUUGAAUUAGGCUUGAUAGGAUCUUCAGAACGGCUAGAAGAAAUAAUCAGUAACAUUAAACCUUUGCAGCUUGAUAUUAAAAAUGUCGAUGGGGUGUUAAAUAUCAAAAUAAAACAUUUAAAGAGAUAUACUAAUGCCAAUAGUUUAUUUACAUACAAAUUAAACCAUUUAAAAUAAACAUGCACUAAUUCUAACCUAUUUACGACAUAAAGACGAUAAUUUAUGAAUUUUAUUGUAAAUAAGUAUAUCAAGAAAGCGUUAUGAAACUAUGCUGCUAAAAGACCGAACUGAAGAAACAUUAUCAUCUUAUAAAACAAUUGGUAAAAGAAUGUAUAAGCUGAAAAAAUACGACACAUCAAUUGAGUAUCUUUUAAAGUUUAUCGAAUACCAAAAUACGGAAAAAUAUAGUAAAGAUACAUUUGAGGUGCUAUCUUUAUUAGGAAAAUCAUAUUAUAUGUCUGGAGAAUAUGCAAAAGCCCAAGAAUAUUUCAAAAUUGCAGAAAAAACAAUUGAAGAUAUAUGCUCUUUGCAGUCGUCAAGAAGAAAAAAAAUUGAAGAAAUGAUGGCAAGGGUAUCUAAAAAACUUGAGCUUAUAAAUGAGCAAGAAUUAUCAAAUUUUUUUAAUUAA